AUGCGGAUAUACCUCAUUCGCCACGGAGAGACUGUUCACAACGUUGCUCAAGUCUGGGCUGGAAGCACUGACUCCGCUCUGACGAAUCACGGCAUGCUGCAGAUUGAAUCUCUAGCUCGAUGUUUCGCCGAUAGUGGUAUUCAUUUUGACACUGUCUUCUCUUCUGAUCUGAGCAGAGCACGUAUCACGGCUGAAGGCAUCUGUCGCCUACAGCCUUGCCCGACAGCCCAGGCGCCUUUGACUCCAAUCCUGACCGCGGAUCUAAGAGAACGAGACUUUGGCUCACUCGAAGGUGUGCGGAUAUCACGUGUACCUGUGCCAGCUGGGACUUCGCAGAGCAUCGGCGACAGGCAGCGAAUACUAGCUCACAACCAAAAAGAAACUAAAGAGUCAAUGCGAGAUCGGUCUCUCAACUUUCUCCAGACACAUCUUUUGCCACUUGUACUGGAGGAAGAGCGAUCCGAGCGUAAUGUUGCAAUUGUGGCCCAUGGACUCAUUCUACGGGCCCUGUGGAAUUGCUUGACGGAGUUCUUCGACUCUUCCAGCAUCUCGCUCCUGCCGGGUAUCGCUGCGUGGACUGGUGGACCGGCCGCUCUUUUGUCUCCGGUCUGGUCUAACACCGGCUUCAUGGAGAUUCUGAUUGCGGUGAUACCGCCGCUCUUAUCAUUAUCACAGCCACAGGCUUCUGGGUUGGGGGAUGGAGGCACCAGCGAACCCCGGUGUGGGCAAGAAGCGCCCCCAUCGAGCUCAGGGCAAUCUUCACUUUUGCAGGGAUGGUCGAUGCAGAUACUGGGGGUGGACAACACCGAGCACCUCGUGGGCAUACGUCGCACCCGUGGUGGUAUCGGAAGCGCUUCCUACGACAGUCGACAAAAGCGAAUCGAUCAAUUCUUCAAGUAG